AUGGGCCAGACGACACCAGCGCGGAUUGCCAGCCGCGAUCUCACCACAGAAGCGUCCCUGGAGCAACUGGAGAGAAUUGGGAUGAGAUUCUGCGGCAGCGUCUGGGCCGAUGUGAAUUCUUCAGCGAACGAGACUGCUUCAUGCAUGAAGCGAGAGGAUGGCGGGCCCAGCAGAUCGAUAACUAAUGAGUACCAUAUUCAUCGGCUUGUGAACGAUGCUGUCAAUUCAAAUCCCCGACACGCCGCCAGCUUUCGCAUACCCCUAUGCCGCGGCUUUCUGAACAAGAGCGACACAGACUGGUCAAAGAUCCUGCUACGACUGCCACCCGGUUCCACGUCCUGCAACGCGCUGCUUAGCGAGAAGGUCCAGCCUAUAUCCGAGAAUACCCGGAGAUUGUUGGCGGUCAAUUACGCAAAGGACCAUGAUAGCGACGUGAUUAUAGGCGACAAGAAGAACGAGCACUGCCUAAUCCGACCGUACCUUGGUCGCAGGAGACAUGGUUGGGCCAGAAGGCCAGGGAAGCCUGGGUUCUUCAGUCUGCGGAAUUUUCCUCUGCAUAUCGACCAAAUGGAGGAACUUGGUAUGUCGAUCGAACCAUACGCAAAGACAAUGGCAGAGGGCCUCGCCUUUCUGCUCUGGGUCGCGAGGAUCGAUGCUAGCGACGUCGAGUUUGUUCUUGCCCGCCCUCGCCGGUCAAACUCGGAAUCUAGCAAGUUUGAAGCAAACAUCCUUGGACCUCAUUCCAUGUGGAUCAUAGACUUUGACUGUUGCAGCCCGUUGCCUAUGGAUGAAGAAGGUGUGGAGAUUGCUGCUCGGUGCUUCUGGAGGAAUGACCCCUUCUAUCCACGGCCUGGGAGCUCCAAUGUCGCCGAUGAGAGACUUUGGGAUAUUUUCCGGCAACAUUUCUCAAGGGUUAGUGAGCGGAUGCUUGAGGAGGAGCCGUCAGGUGUGAGGGAUCUCCCAGCACGUCUGAUGAAUAAGAUUGUCGAGACUAGAGCCAAGCUUGACUAA